GACCGUCAUGGUUACGGAACAAACCCUCUGCGAAUCGCGAGGAGAGUGAGAGACGAACCAAACUCUCUCUUUAUUAUCUCUCCUCUCCCUCUCUUUCGCCCUUUACCUCUCCCAUUUUUUCCAUAAUCUCUUGCAUAAGCUGAUUUAACCAUGUUUGGGCGUGCUCCAAAGAAAAGUGAUAACACCAAGUAUUAUGAUACUCUUGGUGUUUCAAAGAAUGCAAAUCAAGAGGAACUCAAGAAGGCAUAUAGAAAAGCUGCCAUAAAGAAUCAUCCUGACAAAGGUGGAGAUCCUGAGAAGUUCAAGGAACUGGCACAAGCUUAUGAAGUUCUUAGUGAUCCAGAGAAAAGAGAAAUUUAUGAUCAAUAUGGCGAAGAUGCUCUUAAAGAGGGAAUGGGAGGAGGUAGUGCCUCUCAUGAUCCAUUUGGUAUCUUUGAAUCCUUUUUCGGUGGAGGAGUCUUUGGUGGUGGUGGCAGUUCAAGAGGAAAACGGCAGAAACAGGGUGAUGAUGUAGUGCAUUCUUUGAAAGUUUCUCUGGAAGACUUGUACAAUGGCACAUCAAAAAAACUCUCUCUUUCUAGGAAUGUUCUAUGCCCAAAAUGUAAAGGAAAGGGUUCAAAGAGUGGGGCAUCUGGGAGAUGCUAUGGAUGCCAUGGCACAGGAAUGAAGAUCUCCACAAGGCAGAUUGGACCGGGCAUGAUUCAACAGAUGCAACAUGUCUGUCCUGAAUGCAGAGGCUCAGGUGAAGUCAUCAGUGAGAGAGACAGAUGCCCGCAGUGCAAAGGAAACAAGGUUACUCAGGAAAAGAAGGUGCUUGAAGUGCACGUUGAUAAAGGGAUGCAGCAUGGUCAGAAGGUUGUAUUUGAGGGACAAGCUGAUGAAGCUCCUGAUACAAUCACGGGAGAUAUUGUGUUUGUGUUACAACUGAAGGACCAUCCCAAGUUUAAGCGGAAGUUUGAUGAUCUCUACAUAGAGCACAGCCUCAGCUUAACAGAAGCUCUCUGUGGGUUUCAGUUUGCCCUAACUCAUCUCGAUGGCAGGCAGCUUCUUAUCAAGUCAAAUCCUGGCGAGAUAAUCAAGCCUGGCCAAUACAAGGCAAUUAAUGACGAGGGGAUGCCUCACCACCAGAGGCCCUUCAUGAAGGGCCGAUUAUUCAUCCAUUUUAAUGUGGAUUUCCCAGACUCUGGAGUUCUCUCACCUGAUCAAUGCCAGGUAUUGGAGAAAGUUCUACCCCCUCGAACAAGUAAGCACUUGACUGACAUGGAGUUAGAUGAGUGUGAGGAGACUACCUUGCAUGAUGUCAACUUUGAGGAAGAGAUGAGGCGUAAACAGCAGCAACAGCAUCAGCAGGAGGCUUAUGAAGAAGAUGAUGAGCCGACUAUGCCUCGGGUGCAGUGUGCCCAGCAAUAGAGCAAAGGUCAAUUCUCCUAUAUUCCAGGAAAUGCCAUCCUGUAAGGCAGUCCUACAUAAUAUUCGUUAGUCAUACCUUGCUAUACUUUACCAUAACGUAAGCUUACUGCCCUCUAGCGACUCCAUUUCUUCCUGUCUUUUGUGUUCUUUCAUUAGUUGUACUUAAGAUCUAGUAUCAUAUUUGAAGCAUAUGAUCGAGUGUGGAUGUGGUUUGUUGGUUAA